AUGGCCGCUCCGCUCUCCAAAGAUAUCACCAACUUAGAGGGAACAUGGCACUUGAAUCGUAAGCUUUCCGAUGAUCCUGAUCAAAUGUUCGCACUGCAAGGUGUGCCCUGGAUCACCCGAAAGGCACUCCGUUUUGCCAGUCUGUCGCUGCAGAUAUCGCAGUCUAUCUCAUGCUCCGAUGUGAGUAGUGACAGCGCCACUGAAUCUCCUUCCGAGGACGGCGGCUCUGUCACGACCCUGCAUGUGAGACAGACAGUCACUCCCGGCUCCUUCAAUAGUGAGACCUCGUGUGUAGUGAAUGGUCAGUUCCAGGAUAUGAGUCUUCCUAUCUUCGGAGACAUCAAAAUGAAGCUUCAGUAUGUGAGCACGGAUGAUAUCAAAAAUGAUUUGAUGCGCCAGAGUUUUGAAGACGCCUGUGCUUCCAAGAUGGUCAUUGAUGAAGGCGCUGAGAAUCCUAAGAUGGGCUGGUCUGCUCAUGUUUUGUGGGGAUUCGAAAAUAUUCAUGGAAAGAGAUACUUGACUCGAAAUGUUCGAACUUGGAAGAAUGAUGAGAGUAUUGUUGCUCGCAUGGUCUAUGAUUGUCAUCAGAAAUAG